CUCGCUCAUUCGAGACUAAUGAUCCUUGAUCUCCUGGUAUCAUGCAUAACCCUUUAAAGUCUUGCGCCCGCCCACAGCCUCCCUGAUCUGCUUCUUCGUCCUCACCGCACACGAACACAUAACCUUCCCAUAUAUCCUCUUUUGUAUCUUUGAUACUGUCCAUUCAUUCAGAAAAUAAUUCCCGCCACAGCAAUAAAAUAAUCAACAUGCGUUUCUCAUCUGCCAUCGUCGCGCUCGUCGCGUUCGCUACCUCAGCCAUCGCACAGGAGGCAACUGCCGGAUUCAACCCAAUCACUGUCCCAUCUCGAGACCAGACGCUUCCAGCUGGAUCAUCAUUUGACAUCACCUGGAUCCCAUCUGGAGCUUCCAGCGAUGCCACUAUCUCCAUCACCCUCAUGCAAGGAGAGACUCCUUCAACCCUCCAACUCGCUGACGUUGUUGCCGGUAUGUUUACUUUUAACAUCCCGCACAAUCAAUCCCAAUACUAACAACGUCGUAGCUGGUGUUCCAAGCGCCCAAGGAAAAUACACCUGGACCGUCCCAGCGUCUAACUUCAAGACCUACGGAUUCAAGCUCACCCUUGACAGCCAGCCAACAACCUUCCAGUACUCCAACCCUUUCCACAUUGCCGCAUCUGAAAAAACUCCUGCCGCUGCCCCAUCUACCUCUGCCGCUCCAUCGACACCUGCUGCUGCCGCACAAUACGUUGCACCAACCACUUCCGUCAAGCCAAGUGUCACCGCAAAGGUUGAGGCUCCAGCAAACACCACCGCCCCAUCUGUCGAGAAGCCAGCCCCUGCCGCCAACAACACCGGUGCCGCAAAGCCAACCGUCAUCCCAGCUGGCCCAGCAUCAAACGGCACUACUCCUUCUGGCCCAGCCGGUAACGCCACUGCCAGCGGCAUUCUCUCUGUUCGCCCAACCCCAACCGGUGCCCCAGGGACCUCUACUCCAUCAGCCGGUGCCGGAGCCACUGUUUCCGCUCAAUCUGGAGCUGUUGCCAAGGUCGCUACUGGUAGCUUCGGAUUGUUCGCUAGUCUCGUCAUGGCUUUCGCUUUGUAAAUUAGCAACAGGUUGCGAUAGACGGUGGGGUUGUAAUGAAAAUGGUGGUUGAUAGGUGGUGAAUAUCAAAUAAUGCAUGUCGGCGUUCCAAAAAACGACUCAGGGCUCCAAGGAGACUUGAAAUACCCCGGGGACAUUGUGAUUUUUUCUUUACGCUUCUAUGUUUUCAGCGAAUCUACUCCCCCAGGAUUGGGGAUAUUCUGCGAUCGGUCUUGGGGGAUUUUUAAUGUGUAUAGUGAACAAUGUUAUAAAUAUUCUCUCUAUACAAACACCUCGUUUUGCAGUUCUUUUGUGGCUAUUGCUUUUAUGUUACGAUUACUUUCUGUUUUUUGUUAUGUCA